GUCACCCAGCGAGUGCUUGUGUAGAGCUUAAUCGCAGCCUGGACGUGACAUUCGGAAAUCUAAGUGUUUAUUAAAAAAAAAAAAAAGCUAUACACCUCUGAGGUUGUGUCAUUCUACUCCGAAUCCGCGGCUUGGAGGAGGCGAGCACACUGCAUGUUCAUUUCCUUCAAGUAAUCAAGUGGACUUCAGUUGAUUCGUCAAAUGGUGCAGCUCUGGAGAGCUGCAGGUCUUGUUCGCGUCUUUUGGAGCCGCCCACGAAAUCUCGGCUGGUCUCUUAUGCUGAUGAUGUGAAUUCACGCUCGGCCCAUUGAUUGCAGAACUGAAGGCUAUCUAAAGCAGAGUUCCCUGCCACCCUAACAAAUAACAUUCAAGCUUCCAGUGCAGGAAUGAGGUUUUAUCACACCUGCAAGCUACCUGGAAGAAUUAUGGGGAUCCGGCUCCUUCACUUCUCUUCUGUUGUGGUCCUUCUGUUGCUCCUGGUGGCAGGGGCAUUAACUGCUUUGCUGCCAAAUAUUAAAGAAGAUAAAAUGCUUAAUUUGCGGAGGGAAAGAAAAUCCCAGAGCCAGUUUGCCUCGGAUUCAUUUACUCUCAUUAUGCAGACGUACAAUAGAACCGAUCUGCUGUUGAAGCUUUUGAAUCAUUAUCAAGCCAUCCCUCAUUUGCACAAAGUUAUUGUUGUGUGGAAUAACAUUGGAGAGAAAGCACCUGAGGAAAUUUGGAACUCCCUGGGACCACAUCCAGUCCCAGUUAUCUUCAAAACCCAAACAGUAAAUCGCAUGCGGAACAGACUUCAGGUUUUCCCUGAGCUGGAAACAAAAGCUGUUUUGAUGAUGGAUGAUGAUACCCUAGUUAGCGCUCAUGACCUAGUUUUCGCUUUCUCCAUUUGGCAGCAAUUUCCAGAUCAGAUAGUAGGAUUUGUUCCUAGAAAGCACUUGCCCAGCCUUUCAGGAAUAUACAGCUAUGGAAGUUUUGAACUGCAGAGUCCUAGCAACGGAAAUGGAGACCAGUAUUCAAUGGUUCUAAUAGGAGCAGCCUUCUUCAACAGUGAAUAUCUAGAACUCUUUCAGAAACAGCCUAAAGCUGUGCUUGCCAUGAUAGAUGAGACUCAGAAUUGUGAUGAUAUUGCCAUGAAUUUCUUAGUAGCCAAACAUACUGGGAAGCCUUCGGGCAUGUUUGUGAAGCCGGUAGACAUCAGGAAUUUGGAAAAAGAGAGUAACACCGGCUAUUCUGGAAUGUGGCAUCGGGCAGAACAUUUGCUCCAGAGGUCUUACUGUCUAAAUAAAUUGGUUAGUAUCUAUGGCAACAUGCCCUUAAAAUACUCUAAUGUUAUGAUUUCUCAGUUUGGCUUUCCAAACUAUGCUAAUCACAAGAACAAAAUGUAAGAACACAAUGCCAGAAAAUGCUUCAACCUGCUUCCCAGCAAUUAAAAUGGUGAGCUAAGUAGAGAAGUAUGUAUGUAUGGAAUCAGUAGACUGCACAUUAUUUGGAGCUUGUCUCUGCAAAAGCUCUCUGAGGAUAUGAUGUCUAGGUGAAGCAUUCCAUCUGUGCUCAGCAUGCAAAAACUUCAUCAGCUGGAGCAAAAACAACAAAUAGUCUUGUGGCACCUCAACUACUAACAAAUUUAUUAUGGCAUAAGCUUUUGUGGACAACUGUCCAUCUCAUCGAUUGUAUGAAGUGCUAUCUUGAGUUACAGGUUCAUCUCUUUAGUCGACUUUGUCAUUUAUCCCCAAUUCAGUAGCUAGUCAGCAAACCACCUGCAAGAAGAUGGAUCAUCAUGCUAGGAAUAGAGGUGCAUU